AAUUUUCUUCUACUCUUCUCUUCUAGUCUUAUACUAUUUUCCAUUUACAUAUGAGCAAAGGCAUAGUAAUUAUGAGUAAUAAUUCCUCAAAUGAAGAUGAUCAAUUUGAGCUAAGAAGAGGGCCAUGGACUCUUGAGGAAGAUAAUCUUCUUAUUCAUUGUAUUUCUAGCAAUGGUGAAGGUCGUUGGAAUGCCUUAGCCAAAUGUGCUGGAUUGAAGAGAACAGGGAAAAGCUGUAGACUAAGGUGGCUGAAUUACUUGAAACCUGAUAUUAAACGUGGAAACCUCACCCCACAAGAACAACUCUUAAUCCUUGAACUUCACUCCAAAUGGGGAAACAGGUGGUCAAAAAUUGCACAACAUCUACCAGGAAGAACAGAUAAUGAAAUCAAGAACUACUGGAGAACAAGGGUGCAAAAACAAGCAAGACAACUCAAGGCUGAUUCAAAUAGCAAAAAAUUUGUUGAAGCAAUCAAGAGUCUUUGGAUGCCAAGAUUACUUGAAAAAAUGGAGCAAUCUUCCUCCAUUGAAAAACAUAAUCCUUCACUAAUUACUCCCUUAAUCAACAAUCAAGAACCUUAUGAUAAGGCAAAAACAAGCUCAUUUGAGAAUUCAAGAAUAUAUUCAACAGAUUCAAUGAAUAUGUUGAAGCUGCAGCCUAAUGAGAUGACACAAGAUUUCACUAUCUACAAUAAUUCAGUACAAAAUGAGUGUUACCAUGUGGAAAGCUUAAGUCAGCAGCCACAUUUUUCAUCUCAAGAAAUGUCAAUUUCAGAGUGUGAGGUGGCAGAAGCUCAUUGGUUUAGUGAUGAAAUGGCUGCAGCAUCAUUGUGGAACAUGGAUGAGUUUUGGCAAUUCAGAAAGCUAGGAGAUAUAGACAUCUAAUUAGACUUGUGCCAAUUUUCAAAGUCAGAAGAUGUAGUUAUAGUCCCUCUUAAAAGAAGAGGGCCAAAAAAUGCUAAUCAUAAUAAUAGUAUUACUUUUGAUAACGCCUAUGCUAUAGUUUUAGUAGGUUUUAAAAGUUCUAACUAUGACUUAAUCUCGUAGUUUUUUAGCUCUAGUAUACUUAUUGUACAAAGAAAAUAUAAAAUGGCUACUUUUUGUGUCUAUAUAUUAAGAAGCUUGUGCCUUUU